CCAGCAGGGGCGCGGGCUUCCUACCUGCCGUUCCUCAAAAGUGUCCUCGUCUCCCCACCCACCGAAGCCGCCCCAUCCAGCUCGCCUUUGGGGAUGACUUUCGUACCCCACCUCUAGGGAACUCAGGUGCCAGAGCCCCCAGCCCUCGUGCCCCUUGGAGUCACAGGUAACUGCUGUGCCCUCCCCGGUUCCCCAGGGCCCGCCCCGAUCCUGGGCCGGACGGAACCGCGCCUCUCCCCGCUGCACACGGCGUCCCGGGCACCCAAGGGACCCAUGGCCGCGGCGGCGGCCCCGCGGGGGCGGCAGUGGGGAGAGCCCCGCGCGCUCGGCCGGGCGGUGAAGCUCCUGCAGCGCCUGGAAGAGCAAUGCGGGGACCCCCGGCUCGCCUCGAGCCCCCCGUCGCUGCGGAACCUACUGCCCCGCACCGCGCUGCUGCUGCGCGAGGUGGCCCACGCCCGGCGGGCGGCCGGAGGAGGCGGCCCCGAAGGUCCCGGCGGGGCGACGGACUUUCUUGCCAUCUACCUGGCCAACCUAGAGGCCAAAAGCAAGCAGGUGGCGGCACUGCUGCCACCGCGGGGCCAAAGGUCUGUCAACGACGAGCUCUUCCGGGAGGGCACCACACUCAGGCGACAGCUGGCCAAGCUGGCCCUCAUCUUCAGUCACAUGCAUGCGGAGCUGGGCGCUCUCUUCCCCGGGGGAAGGUACUGCGGACACACCUACCAGCUCACCAAGGCCCCGGCCCAUACCUUCUGGAGGGGUCACUGCGGAGCCAGGUGUGUGCUGCCCUGGGUGGAGUUUGAGUCACUCUUGUGCACCUGCCACCCCGUGGAGACAGGCCUCACAGCCGUGGCCUUGCGCUCCACCAUCAACCUCACCUGCAGCGGCCACGUGUCCAUCUUCGAGUUUGACAUCUUCACCAGGCUCUUCCAGCCAUGGCCAACCCUCCUCAAGAACUGGCAGCUCCUGGCAGUCAACCACCCGGGUUACAUGGCCUUCCUCACAUACGACGAGGUCCAAGUGCGUCUGCAGGCCCUCAGAGACAAGCCAGGCAGCUACAUAUUCCGGCCCAGCUGCACUCGCCUGGGGCAGUGGGCCAUUGGAUACGUGAGCGCAGAUGGCAGCAUCCUACAGACCAUCCCUCUCAACAAACCCCUGUUCAAGGCACUCCUGGAAGGACAGAAGGACGGCUUGUACCUCUACCCAGAUGGAAAGAAUUACAACCCAGACCUGACUGAACUCUGCCACACGGAACCCUAUCAGUGCAUCCAAGUGUCAGAGGAGCAGCUGCAGCUGUACUGGGCCAUGAACUCCACGUUCGAGCUCUGCAAGAUCUGUGCGGAGAGCAACAAGGAUGUAAAGAUUGAGCCGUGUGGGCAUCUGCUCUGUAGCCGCUGCCUGGCUGCCUGGCAGCACUCCAACAGCCAGACCUGCCCCUUCUGCCGAUGUGAGAUCAGGGGCCAAGAGACCGUAAGUAUCCAUCAAUUCCAAGGGAGGCCAGCGGAAGGCAGGGCUACUGCCGAGGACCCAGGGGACAACAGUGACCAGGAAGACAGGGAGGAAGAGCUGGAGCAGGUGGCUGCCUCAGCUCCCCCACUGCCCUCUCAGCUGGAUCUGUCCCCCAGGAGUCCCAGAAGAGAAGGUCAGAAGGCAUCUCUGGCCCUCCCCAGACUCCGGGUCCCUAUUACCUUGCCGACAAUUAGGAUUGUGGCCUCAGUCCCCUGGGAAAUCACCUCCAGUCCCAAGGCCAGGGAGAGAGCCACAGACCCCUCCUCAAACUCCCUCCAUUGCAGAAACUCCUAAAGAGAAAGUCACCCCUCCUGCUGCCCCUGUAUGGCCCCUGAUCACUGCCCAGGCCUGGAGGCCAGGGCACGAAGAUGUGCUGCUAAAGGGCGCCCCAGGGGCUGGAGGGGUUUGUGAAGCAGAAAUAAAACUGCUAAAUGCUAA